GUGCUCUGGCUCCUGGGCCCGGAAAAGGCAGAGGAGCCAAACGUAAACAACAACAACAGCAAGACAACAGUGCAGCGGGAGCAGCAAAGAGGACAAGAAGCGACCCCCUCUUCUCAGCGCAGCGUCUCCCCCCCCAUGGCUACCCCCUGGAGCAUCCCUUUAAUAAAGACGGGUACCGGUACAUCCUGGCUGAACCGGAUCCUCACGCUCCGGACCCGGAGAAACUGGAGCUGGACUGCUGGGCUGGGAAACCCAUCCCUGGAGAUCUGUACCGGGCCUGUCUGUACGAGAGGGUUCUGCUCGCCUUACACGACAGAGCGCCUCAGCUGAAGAUCUCUGACGACCGCCUGACGGUCACGGGGGAGAAAGGCUACUCGAUGGUGCGAGCGUCUCACGGGGUCCGGAGAGGGUCCUGGUUCUUCGAGGUGACGGUGGAUGAAAUGCCUUCAGAGACGGCCGCGAGGCUCGGGUGGUCCCAACCCCUCGGUAACCUGCAGGCGCCUCUGGGCUACGAUAAGUUCAGCUACUCGUGGCGCAGUAAGAAGGGAACUCGCUUCCACCAGUCCAUCGGAAAGAGUUUUUCUUCUGGCUUCGGUCAGGGAGACACGCUGGGAUUCUUCAUCGAGUUACCGGACGGCACGGAGACCGCCAAGGCUCUGCCCGACACCUACAAGGACAAGGUGAGGACACACUGUCUCCUUCACUGACUCAACGACACAAUACACUGACUCUCUCUCUGAGGACACCUACAAGGUGAGGACACACUGUCUCCUUCACUGACUCAACAACACAAUACACUGACUCUCUCUCUGAGGACACCUACAAGGACAAGGUGAGGACACACUGUCUCCUUCACUGACUCAACACAACAAUACACUGACUCUCUCUCUGAGGAAACCGACAAGGUGAGGACACACUGUCUCCUUCACUGACUCAACGACACAAUACACUGACUCUCUCUCUGAGGACACCUACAAGGACAAGGUGAGGACACACUGUCUCCUUCACUGACUCAACGACAACAAUACACUGACUCUCUCUCUGACGACACCUACAAGGACAAGGUGAGGACACACUGUCUCCUUCACUGACUCAACGACACAAUACACUGACU